UGUUUUGAAUGUACAAGAUCUACACUACCAACGUAACUUGUGAUCAUCUGAUCUCCUGGAUUUCAUAAACUUUCCAAUUAUUCAAAUACCUAAUUAAAAUAUUUCUCACAUUAGAAAUCAUAUAACAUUUUUUUCUCACUUUAUUCACAGAGAUUAAAAUCAAUUUUCCAAAAUCCAAAACUGAUAAAUCCGAAUGUCAAAGGGAAGUUUUGUAUGCAUUUUGAGGUUAACCUGAAUUCAUCAUUUGACCGACUUCUCUUCCACCUUGAGAAAGGCGAUUACAAGGAGUGAAUUACAAUGAUGUUGGCUGGAGGAAAGUCUUUACUUGCUAUCAAUGCUGUCCAGCCUCAGCUGGGCCAAUCGGCCCGUGGCAUGGCCACCCUCAAGGCCAUCUCGAUCCGUCUCAAGUCGGUGAAGAACAUCCAGAAGAUCACACAGUCCAUGAAGAUGGUGUCGGCUGCCAAGUACUCCAGGGCUGAGCGAGACCUCAGGCAAGCACGUGGCUUCGGAGAGGGUGCCAAGUCUUUCUACGAAAGAGCUGAGGUAACAGUCCCGGAAAAGGCAGAAGGUGGAAAAUUGAUUGUGGCCAUCACAUCGGACAGAGGUCUGUGUGGAGCUGUCCACACUGGAGUGGCAAGGUCUAUCCGUACUGAACUGGCUGAGGACUCUUCCAACACCCAAGUCGUCUGCGUUGGAGACAAAUCUCGCAAUCUUCUCCAGAGGUUGUAUGGAAAGAACAUUUGCCUGGUCGCUAACGAAGUUGGUAGGAAGCCUCCCUCAUUCCUUGAUGCAUCCAAGGUUGCAUUGGAAACAACAAAGCAGAACUUCUCCGCUGGAAAAAUCGUCUACAACAAGUUCAAGUCAGUGGUUUCAUACACAACUUCUGAACUGCCACUGUUUAGUGCCGCAGCGGUUGAAUCUGCUCCCAAACUCAACGUGUACGACUCACUCGACAAUGAAGUCAUCAAGAGCUACAUGGAGUUCUCUUUGGCUUCGCUCAUUUUCUACACCAUGAAGGAGAGUGCUUGCAGCGAGCAGUCCUCACGUAUGACUGCUAUGGACAACGCCAGUAAGAAUGCAGGUGAAAUGAUUGACAAGCUGACAUUGACUUUCAACAGAACUAGGCAGGCUGUCAUUACCAGAGAACUAAUUGAAAUCAUUUCUGGAGCUGCUGCUCUUGAGUAAAUGCAAUGCAAUGCUGAAAUGUCUCUCAUCAGAAAUGAAACCCAGUAGAAUUGUAAUGUCAUAAAACUGUUGUAAUCAUGUUCAUUAUACUGAAUUAGUUGAAGUUAAAGUUAAAGUUAUAAGUUAAAGUUAUAAGUUUCAGCUCUCACCGGUUCGAAGCCCCAGAAAAUGUGGUUGAUGAAACUAUAAUAUAAUUUUCAAUACAACAACUUUUUGUUUUUCCUUUUCGAAGGCAUAAAUAGCACUUACGUCAACUAAUAAGCAUGAAAGCCCGAAAGCCCCAAGUCUAUUCAUGCCUUUGAAAUUUCAUUCAUAAUAAUUUUGUUGUAUCCAUCUAUAAAAUAAAAUAUUGAUAAAUUGUGACA